AAAAAAACAAAACAAGAACUCAAGACACCGAACCAAAAACACACAAGAGGCGGAGUUUCGAAAAGAACGCGAGAGGGGGUGACCUGAAGAAUCUGAUCAUUCGGAUUUGAAUUCGAACACAAACAAUGGCAAGGAUUUUCGAAAUAUCGAUCUUCUGUGUGGCGAUUUUCGUGGCGAUGGCGGUCGCAGAAGAUUACGACGUUGGGGACGAUACCGAAUGGACACGACCUUCCACCGCCGACUUCUACACCAGAUGGGCUGCCGGAAAAACUUUCCGACUAGGCGAUAUUCUUGAAUUCGAAUUCAGAGAAGGGAUGCAUGACGUGGCAAUAGUGAACAAGGAAGGGUACGACAAUUGCAACAAGGCGAAUCCAAUGACCCUCUUCCAGAAGCCACCCGUCAAAGUCACACUCAACACCACUGGGACCCACUACUUCAUCUGCACCGUCGGCGACCACUGCACGGUCGGCCAGAAACUCGCCGUCACCAUCGCUGGAGCCGGCGCCCCCCCAGCCCCCGUCUCGGGUCCGACCACACCACCCGGCACCACCACCAACUCCUCCGGCGCUGCCGGCGGCGAAUCUCCGCCGUCUGGAUCCGCCGCUUCCAUCGCCGGCGUCGGUUUCUUUGCCGCAGCUAUGUCCGUCGCCAUCGCCCUUUUGAAUUAGGGUUUUGGGUUUGCUCAUACAUAGACUUCCACUGUCUUUCAUAAUUUUUUUUUUCCGGUGAUAGAUAUAAUUAAAUAGUGUGUUUUGUCUCUUCUUGGUUUGUAUCAUUGGGGUGUCUGACUUCGUGACAUUCCUUUUCUAUAAUCAUCUCAUAGUGUAAUAUUUAAUAGAAUAAAGUUUGUGUAGACUCCAAUCGCAUUCACUUAUAUUUAAUAAAUUAAAUUUUUUAAGCU